AGUGAAUCAUUGUUGCAAUGUUGUUAGUAAGUUUGUGCGCUUUUUUUUAAUCUUGAUAAAAUAAGAAAAGAAAAAAUUGUUAUCAUUAUAAUUAAUAAAAAAAUAUUAAUUCUAAGAAAAAAUGGUCAAUGCUAUGAAAUUAUCUCUUGGUUCACGAUGUGUCAAAUAUCUGAUGUUCAUCUUCAAUCUAUUCUUCGUUAUCACCGGUAUAAUUUUAUUAUCCAUUGGAAUUGUGAUUCAUGGAGUUUAUCAUAAUUACCAACAUUUCUUGGAUAAUAAAUUUUUAUCAGUUCCUUCUUUAUUGAUUGCAAUCGGUGCAAUUAUUUUUUUUAUUGCCUUUUUCGGAUGUUGUGGUGCUGUACGCGAGAAUUAUUGCAUGAUAAUUACGUUUACAUCGUUGUUGAUCAUCGUUUUUAUUUUGGAACUCUCAGGUGGUAUAUCAGGAUAUGUUUUGAGAGCUAGAGCAUCGUCGAUUAUUCAAAAUAAAAUGAAAGAUACAAUGAAGAUGUAUACUGAUAAUAAAGAAAUAGCAUAUGUUUGGGAUAAACUUCAGCAAGAUUUUAAUUGUUGUGGAACAAAAAAUGCAAGCGAUUGGAUGAAUACUAUAUCUGCACUUCCGCUCUCAUGUUGUAAUAUUGAAAUGGGGGCUGUAGGAUCGGUAAAUUGUACUCUUGGAUCUUUAACAUUGCAUUCUCAAGGUUGUUAUUCUGAGUUUGUUUCUUUUAUUAAUUCUCACGCUCUGCAACUUGGUGGCGUUGCCAUUGGAAUUGCUUUCGUUCAGGCAAUAGGAAUCUGGUUUUCAAUUUUCUUAGCGCGAUCGAUUAGAAAUAGUUAUGAAACUGUAUAACAUUUUUCAAGGAUUUGAAAAUCUUUACAUAUGAUAUUUUAAAUUAAAAGUUAAUUGUAAACAAAAA